AUGGACACUGCCACCAGCACGGGCGCCAAGCACGACGCCGAUCUGCGCCGGCGAAAUGUCCCUGACUCCGGGAAAGCCUCCACACCUACCGUUACGGUCGAGCACAAUGUGAAAAAGACCAAGCCGGGCCAGUCCCCCUCUUUCCUACAUGUUCUCGCUGGCUGGGAACCGAUCAUUGCCCCGAUCCUCCUGACAGCUCUGGCUUUGUUCACACGACUCUACCGCAUCGGUCGUUCGAAUAUCGUUACCUGGGAUGAAGCUCACUUCGGAAAGUUCGGCUCCCACUACCUCAAGCGCGAAUUCUACUUCGAUGUACACCCACCUCUCGGAAAGAUGCUCGUUGGUCUCUCGGGCUAUCUUGCCGGCUACAAUGGAUCCUUCGAGUUCAAGUCCGGCGAGAAGUACCCCGAGGACGUUGACUACACCUUCAUGCGAGCCUUCAAUGCCAUGUUCGGCGUCGUGUGUGUCCCUCUUGCUUACUAUACCGCCCGCGAGCUGAACUUCCGUCGGGCUACGGUCUGGCUGAUCAGCUUGAUGGUUCUGUGCGAAAACUCCUAUGCGACCAUCUCCCGCUUCAUUCUUCUGGAUUCAAUGUUGCUCUGCUUCACCUUCACUACGAUGAUGUGUUGGGCCCGAUUCCACCGCCUGCAGCGUGCCAGCUUUUCGCCAGAGUGGUGGCUCUGGCUUUGCCUGACUGGAUUCAGCAUUGGCUGCGUCUGCAGUGUGAAGUGGGUUGGGUUCUUCGCCACUGCGGUCGUGGGUCUCUACACUGCUGAGGAUCUCUGGAACAAGUUCGGAGAUGUCAAGAUGCCGCCGACUCUGCUUGCCAAGCAUCUCUUUGCCCGCGUGGGAGGCUUGAUUGUCAUCCCUCUUCUGGUUUACAUGUUCUCGUUCUACCUGCAUUUCACCGUCCUGUCCAACAGCGGUCCCGGUGAUGCGCAGAUGAGCUCUCUUUUCCAGGCGAACCUCCGUGGUACCGAGGUGGGCAGAGAUAGCCCUCUUGAGAUUGCUCACGGAUCCCGAGUCACCAUCAAGAACAUGGGUUAUGGCGGUGGUCUCCUGCACUCUCACGUUCAGACCUAUCCCGAAGGCUCGAACCAGCAACAGGUUACCUGCUACCACCACAAGGAUGCCAACAAUGACUGGUUCAUUUAUCCCAGCCGCAACGAGCCCGAAUAUGAGGCCGAGGGCGAUCUCAAGUUCAUCGCCGACGGAGACACCAUCCGCCUCAUUCACGGACAAACCGGUCGUAACCUGCAUUCCCACGCUAUCGCUGCUCCGGUUUCCAAAUCCCACUACGAGGUUUCUUGCUACGGCAACAUCACCAUUGGCGACGACAAGGAUCACUGGAAGAUCGAAGUCGUUAACGAUGCGGCAUCCCGUGAUCGUUCCAAGAUCCGCACUCUGACCACCGCAUUCCGACUGCGCCACCCAUCCAUGGGUUGUUAUCUCCGGGCUGGUAAUGUCAACCUGCCUCAGUGGGGUUUCAAGCAGAUUGAAACCACUUGUGUCAAGGAGAACAAGCCUGGCGAUGUCUACACUCACUGGAAUGUCGAGUCUCACACCAACGAGCGCCUGCCCCCUGGUGACCCUGGUUCCUACAAGUCGCCCUUCCUGAAGGACUUCAUCCACUUGAAUGUUGCCAUGAUGACCUCGAACAAUGCCCUGGUUCCCGACCCUGAUAAGCAGGAUGACUUGGCCUCCCACUUCUGGCAAUGGCCGAUCCUGAACGUCGGUCUGCGCAUGUGCUCCUGGGAUGACAACGUUGUCAAGUAUUACCUUCUCGGCAACCCUCUCGUCUACUGGGGAAGCACUGGCGGUCUUGUUGGCUUCGGUCUCCUGUUCAUCUGGUACCUUCUGCGCUGGCAACGAGGAUACAAGGAGCUUACCCAGCAGGAGAUUGACCAUAUCCACUAUUCCGGCAUUUACCCUGCCAUUGGCUGGGUUCUGCACUACCUUCCGUUCAUCAUUAUGGCUCGUGUGACUUACGUCCACCACUACUACCCAGCUCUCUACUACGCUAUCAUCACCUUCGGUUUCUGCGUGGAUUGGGUUACUCGCAGAAUCAACGCCACGGUUUCCGCAGUGGUGUAUGCCGUUCUCUAUGCCGUUAUCAUCGGGCUGUUCAUCCACUUCCGUGCCAUCGUGUUCGGCAUGGAGGGCUCCAACCAACAGUGGGCCCAUCUGCGCUGGCUGCCCGGAUGGAAGAUCGCGAACUAA